AAGUUUGAUGAGACUUUCCAUUUCCACUCUCUUCAGUAGUAAAACUUGGAAAUUAGACGGCCAAGUUAACUUCUUCCGUUUUCAACCAUUUGGAACAGACCCGAUGACCUGUUCAGAUUGUUAAAUCUUGCUUCUUCAAUCGUUAGCUUCUUUUUUAUGGAUUGUUUUUGAAGUUUGGAGUAGGAAUUUCUAGUGUGAGAGUAGAUGGGGAAUACUUGUGUAGGACCAAGCAUUUCCAAAAAUGGGUUUUUCCAAUCGGUUUCGGCAGCAAUGUGGCGGUCUCGAUCACCAGAUGAAUCGGUCUCUCAUUCUAAUGGGGAAACCAGGAGCGAGAUUGCAGCUAGAGAGCCUGAAUUGCCAUUACCAGUCCUAAACAAACCUCCAGAGCAAGUGACAAUGCCAAAACCGGAGAUCAAACAAGAGGCUAAACUGGAAACUGAACCCGAAAAACCAGUCAAACCCAAGCUCCCUCAUAUGAAGAGGGUGUCCAGUGCCGGGCUCAAGGAAUCAGUAUUACAAACGAGGACUGGUAUUUUCAAGGAACAUUACAGCCUGGGGAGAAAACUAGGACAAGGGCAAUUCGGGACGACUUUCCUUUGUGUGGAGAAGUCAACUGGAAAAGAGUAUGCUUGCAAAUCGAUUGCAAAGAGGAAGUUAUUAACUGAUGAGGAUGUAGAGGAUGUGAGAAGAGAAAUUCAGAUAAUGCACCACUUGGCUGGGCAUCCAAAUGUUAUAUCUAUAAAAGGAGCUUAUGAGGAUGCCGUGGCAGUUCAUGUCGUUAUGGAGUUGUGUGCUGGUGGAGAGCUUUUUGAUAGAAUUAUUCAGCGCGGACAUUAUACAGAAAGAAAGGCAGCUGCACUUACGAGGACUAUAGUCGGGGUUGUGGAAGCUUGCCAUUCUUUGGGAGUUAUGCAUAGAGACCUCAAACCUGAGAAUUUCCUUUUUGUCAAUAAGCAGGAGGACUCGCUUCUCAAGGCUAUUGAUUUUGGAUUAUCGAUUUUCUUUAAACCAGGUGAAAGAUUCACAGAUGUGGUCGGAAGCCCAUACUAUGUAGCCCCUGAAGUCUUACGAAAGCGUUAUGGUCCAGAAGCAGAUGUAUGGAGUGCAGGAGUAAUUCUUUACAUUCUCUUAAGUGGAGUUCCUCCCUUUUGGGCAGAAAACGAGCAAGGUAUAUUUGAAGAGGUCUUGCAUGGUGACCUUGAUUUUGAUUCUGAUCCUUGGCCUAGCAUCUCUGAAAGCGCAAAAGAUUUGGUGAGGAGAAUGCUCAUUCGAGACCCUAGGAGACGGUUAACUGCACAUGAAGUUUUGUGCCACCCUUGGAUACAGAUUGAUGGUGUUGCUCCUGACAAGCCUCUCGAUUCUGCUGUUUUAAGUCGUAUGAAGCAAUUUUCUGCAAUGAAUAAGCUGAAGAAAAUGGCCCUUAGAGUAAUCGCUGAGAGCCUAUCUGAAGAAGAGAUAGCUGGCUUGAAAGAAAUGUUCAAGAUGAUAGACGCCGACAGCAGUGGGCAGAUCACCUUCGAAGAACUUAAAGCAGGAUUAAAACGAGUUGGAGCUAAUCUUAAAGAGUCUGAAAUUUAUGAUCUUAUGCAAGCAGCUGAUGUUGAUAAUAGUGGCACGAUCGACUACGGGGAAUUCGUAGCUGCGACACUUCACCUAAACAAAAUCGAGAAGGAAGACCAUCUAUUUGCCGCCUUUUCCUAUUUUGAUAAGGAUGGCAGCGGUUACAUCACUCCGGACGAGCUCCAACAAGCUUGUGAGGAGUUUGGCAUAGAGGAUGUUCGGCUUGAAGAAAUGAUCAGAGAAGUUGAUCAAGAUAAUGACGGACGCAUAGAUUACAAUGAGUUUGUAGCGAUGAUGCAGGGCGGGAAUAUUGCAGGUGCCGGUAAGAAAGGCCUACAAAAUAACUUUAGCAUCAAAUUUAGGGAAGCAUUAAAAGUUUAGGCAAGUUUUUGAGGGAACUGAGAUUUGUAUAGUAAGGGAGUAGCCAUUGUGAUAUGCAAAGAACAUGCAUGUCUUUGCAUGGAGCACUUGGCCAUUUUCUUCCACCUUUUUAUGCUAUUAAAUUUCUCUUCCACCAUGUUUUAUACUUUGUACCGAAAGGAAUCUGUGCUUUCAUGGACUAUCAACUGUCCAACUGUCCUUUAACUUUGUUA